AUGAGGAAGAGGGGGGAGGCUGCCGCAUGGAGCCAUAACUGCGUGUGCAGUUUCAGUUCACAGCCUGGUUCUCGGGGGGGAAACCACAGGCUGCUGCUUUUGGCUCUUUGCUGCGACCUGAUUGGCCGGCUCGGUCUCCGUGUGACGCUCCACUUCCUCCCAGGAAGACGAGUCACCGCCAGAGACGAGUUGAGAAAGAAGAAGAAGAAGAAACAGCAGCAGCAGCUCGAGCUCGCCGUCCCCGUUUCAGAAAAACCGGACCCGACGGCUCGGACCAGAACCCCGACAGACACAUCCCGGACCAUCUGCCCCCCCCCCCACCGCCUGGGGGAGGUGUUAGUCUCCUGGACCAUGAGUGCACAUAGAAGCCCCCCCGAGGGCUGCGAGGAUCCGGUGCAGAGUCCCUGUCCCGCUCCGCCCCGCUGGCACCGUUACAGGAAGCCUUGGCACCGAGCCGCCCCCCCGCCGGCUCCCGAGCAGCCGUUGGACAGAUACAAGUGGAGGACAUCUGCACAUCUGGCGGGGGCCGGGACGGCGUCCCCGGACCCGGAGAGCCGUCCCCGGCGGAUGCUCAGCCUGCCGAGGUUCAGCAACCCUCAGCGUGACCUCAGCGGGGACGGACAGGCCCGGUCCGGGUCCCCGCGCCGCCUGGUACCCUUCCUGCGGUCCGUGUCCGAGCCCGGGACGGGAAGGGGGGCGGAGGAGAGGACGGCCGGCAGGCGGGCGCCGUCCCUCAGCAGCGUCCUCAACGCCGUGUCUCGGAGGAUCGGCAGAGUCCUCAGGGACCAACCGGAGACUCCAGAGUCGGAGUUCCCAGAAUCCUCUAAGUGUCUUUCCUCCGCGGCAGGCGAGCCUCAGGAGAGCCCGACCAGCUCCUCCAAGGGAAGGAGUCUCCGCAGGACGGUCAGCGUCCCCUCAGAGGGACAGUUCCCAGAGUUCCCAGCAGAGGGCAGCGCCGCCCUGCUCGGUAGGAACCACAGGGAGGGGGGUUUCUUCAGUAAGCGUCUGAAAGGCUCCAUCAAGAGGACGAAGAGCCAGACCAAACUAGACCGGAACACCAGCUUCAGACUCCCCUCGCUCCGCCCCCCCGACGCAGACAGGAUGAUGCUCUUCAUCUGUCCGUCCUUCUCCUCCUGCUGUCUCCGCAGCCGGUCCUCGCUGUCCUCCAGGCGGUGCUUGUACUCCAGCAGCAGCUUCUGCAUCUGCUGCUCCUGCGCCGCCAGCCGCCGCUCGUACUCCUCCAGCCGCCGGCCCGACGCCCGCAGGCGCUCCUUCAGCCGCGAGAUCUCCAGCUCUGUGUUUCCCCGGGAGCUGAAGGAGGUGUUUGCGGCGUGGAAGCAGCAGUGCGUUGCCCGCGGCCACCAGCAGGACAUCAGCAAGCGUCUGAUCAGCGCCUCGCUGUUCCUGCGCUUCCUGUGUCCCGCCAUCAUGGCGCCGUCUCUCUUCAGCCUGAUGCAGGAGUACCCCGACGACCGGACGUCCCGCACGCUCACGCUCAUCGCCAAGGUCAUCCAGAACCUCGCCAACUUCACCAAUCAGCCCAACAAGGACAACUGCCGGCGGGCGGAGAACCUGCUGCGUCUGUGGAUCAUCGAGGCCAAAGACCUGCCCCCCAAGAAGAAGUACUUCUGCGAGCUGUGCCUGGACGACGUCCUGUACGCCCGCACCACCAGCAAGCCGCGCCACGACAGCCUGUUCUGGGGCGAGUACUUUGACUUCUGCGGCCUGCCGGCGGUGCACAGCGUCACCGUGCACGUCUACCGCGACGUGGACAAGAAGAAGAAGAAGGACAAGAACAACUACGUGGGCCUGGUGAACAUCCCCGUGGCCGGCGUGGCCGGCCGGCAGUUCGUGGAGAAGUGGUACCCGGUCAGCACGCCGACGCCGAGCAAGGCCAAGGGGGGCGGCCCGUCGAUCCGCAUCAAGUCCCGGUUCCAGACCAUCUCCAUCCUGCCCAUGGAGCAGUACAAGGAGUUCGCCGAGUUCGUCACCAACAACUACGGCAUGCUGUGCUCGGUGCUGGAGCCCGUCAUCAGCGUCCGCAACAAGGAGGAGAUGGCCUGCGCCCUGGUGCACAUCCUGCAGAGCACCGGCAGGGCAAAGGACUUCCUGACAGACCUGGUGAUGUCCGAGGUGGACCGCUGUGCCGACCAUGACGUUCUGAUCUUCAGGGAGAACACGCUGGCGACCAAGGCCAUCGAGGAGUAUCUGAAGCUGGUGGGACAGAAAUACCUGCACGACGCGCUCGGUGAGUCUCUCACACACACACACACACACAUGCCCACACACACAGACAGACACACACACACACACACACACGGCCAGGGAUUGAACCCCCAGCCUUCAGAUCGGCAGGCGUCCUCUCUACCGCGGUGGUUUUUACUCCAUGUGAUCAUUAAGGUGCUGUGUCCCUGCCAGUUCGGAAACAAAGAGGAGUACAUGGCCUUCAUGAACGACUUCCUGGAGCACGAGUGGGCGGGGAUGAUGCGUUUCCUGUCGGAGAUCUCCAACCCGGAGACGCUGUCCAACACGCCGGGCUUCGAAGGCUACAUUGACCUCGGCCGCGAGCUGUCGGUGCUGCACGCGCAGCUGUGGGAGGUCGUCUCGCAGCUCGACAAGGGUGAAAAUUCCUUCCUGCAGGCCACCGUAGCGAAGCUGGGCCCGCUGCCGAGGAUUCUGGGAGAUAUCUCCCGCUGCCUGGCCGCCCCGACGCCCGUCCAGCAGCAACUGCGACGGUUCCAGGAACACAACAUCAGCGGCAGCCUGUCGUCAGGGUUACAGCGCAUCUUUGAGGACCCCGGUGACAGCCGCAGUGACGCCCGCAGCCUGCAGUCCCCCCUGGGCGAGGCCAUGGAGGGGGGCUACGUCCGUGGGCAGCGCCCCCUGCUGGCCCCUCAGCCCCCCUCGGCCCACGCCAGCCUCUCCGACCCCGAGGACCGGGACGUCCCGCUGCCCAACGGCCGCAGCGUGUCCCUGGUGGACCUGCAGGACACCCAGAGCCUGGGGGGGCCCGGGGCCCCGCCCCCGCCCCACGAGGCCCCGCCCCGCCUCAGCAGGGCCGGCUCGCAGGCGUCCAUCGGUCACGCCGUGCCCCCGCUACCCCUCAACUACCCCAGUCCCCUCACGCCGCAGCCGCACCACGCCAAGCCGCCGGCCCGGGACGGGCAGCCGCAGAGCGCUCCGCAGGUGCGGCGUCCGCUGCCCCCGUCUCUCAGCCAGCAGCGCAGCCUGCAGCCGCUGUCCUUCCAGAACCCCGUGUACCACCUGAGCAACCCGGGCGCGCGCCCCGCCCCCCCGCUGCGGUGCGACUCCAGCUCGGAGAACCUGAGCACGGAGAGCUCGCACAACAGCCGCAGCACCUCGGACGACGUGGGCAGCCAGGUGGGGGGGGCGGCGCCGGGCCGCGCCGCGUCCGUCAGCAGCCUGGACGAGUCCGGCAGCCGGCGGAGCGCGCAGAGCGAGGACUGCUCCACGCCGCGCCGCCCGGGGCCGCCCGACCUCCCGCCCGGCGCCGCCACGGCGGUGGCCAUCCCCCGGCAGAGCGUGACGGCGGGCACCGCCCACAUCGUGAAGGUGGAACAGCAGAGCAGGGGGGGGGGCGGGGCCGGGACGCCGCGCUCCCUCCCGCUCAGCGCCUCGCUGCGCAGCAGCAGCAGCGCCAACACGGAGCCCGCGCACGCCAACCGCCACACGCCCGCCGGCCCGGUGGAGAACGCCCCCCCGCCCCCGAGGGCCGCCGCCAAGACGCCGCAGCAGGUACGGAUUUUCAACCCGACGGCGCGGUUGUUGUGUUUCCUGUGCGUCGGCCUGACUUCCUGUCCGUUUCUGUCCAAUCAGGAGAAGCGGAUCGUCUCCCUGGACGCGGCCAACUCGCGGCUGAUGGCGGCGCUGACGCAGGUGAAGGAGCGCUACGGCGCGCCCAGCCUCCGCAACGGCCUGUCACCCGGCAACCCCACCAAGCUGUCCAUCACGGAGAACGGGGAGUUCAAGAACAGCAGCUGCUGAUUGGCCGCCAGGACGCCGAGAGGCGGGGCUUAAACUCUUAAAGCUGCAGAGACACAAUGUACAAAUAGGAGUGUAAAUACUGAAGGUGUGUGUGUGUGUGUGUGUGUGUGUGUGUGUGUGUCAGAAGCACAGU